AUAGGCCUCUUUGUCUCUGAUUUGGAUAAUGGGGCUAAAGUAAAAUUGAAGCUCAUAUUCAGUCACGUUACUUUGUGUACAUUGUGGGUGUACAAGAUCAUCAUUGAAGAUUUUUGGGGUUGUUGAACGCGCUAUACUGUACAACUAUAGCAAGGAGAUGGAUAGUACCUGGACUCUGGCUACUGCUGGAUCGUUUCUUCUCGCUCUCUUCUUCACUGUUGUGGCCAUUUUUAUCCACUGGUUUGGACUUUUCGAUCUUCUUUUUCACACAGUCGAUAGAAAAUCGAAACGAAAUGGAGGAGAAUUAGUGGCGUCUACGCUCAAAAGUCAUGGCAUUAAGUACGUCUUUACGCUAGUUGGUGGACACAUCUCUCCCGUGUUGGUUGCUUGUGAGAAGCAAGGCAUUCGUGUGAUCGAUACUCGUCAUGAAGUUACAACUGUCUUUGCUGCCGAUGCUGUUGCUAGGUUGUCUGGAGUUAUUGGUGUUGCGUGCGUAACUGCCGGGCCUGGAUUGACCAAUACGAUUACAGCCGUUAAGAAUGCCAUUAUGGCGGAGUCCCCAGUGUUAGUUCUUGGAGGAGCAGCUGCCACCAUCAUGAAGGGGAGGGGAUCUCUUCAGGAUAUCGAUCAACUCUCACUCUUCAAGCCUCUCUGUAAAUUCACCGCUUCUAUCAAACGUGUUCGAGACAUUGUACCAACCCUGUGCAAGGCUAUCCAGAUCGCUAAUAGUGAUACACCUGGGCCUGUAUUUGUUGAGCUACCCAUCGAUUCUCUCUACCCGUACGACAUUGUUGUCAAAGAGAUUUUCCCUAAAAGUCAGUCUAAGUCGAUUAAGAACCGAAUUGUGAAAGUAUAUCUCGAAAACUAUGUGGAUCGAUUGUUUGCUGGUGCAUUCACACCUCAAGAUGCUAGCCCACUCCCAAUCACCUUCCCCAAAGCCAACCAAAGUGAAAUCGCACAGUGUGCUUCUCUGGUUAGAAAUGCAAAGAAGCCGUUGUUCAUUUUGGGCAGUCAAGUCUCCCUCCCUCCCGCAAAAUCCUCUGAAGUUCGAGCAGCCCUUGAGAAAAUGGGAGUCCCCUGCUUCCUGGGGGGUAUGUCUCGUGGUUAUCUGGGCAAGAAUAGUCGCAUUCAUAUCCGUCAAAAGAGGAAGGUUGCUGUGAAGGACGCCGACAUUAUUGUUUGCCUGGGAGCGGUAGCCGAUUUUCGUUUAUCGUACGGUCGAAUCUUCAGCAGCAAAUCUAAGAUUGUGGCAGUCAACAGAUCAAAAUCUCAGCUCUCUUUAAACACUGACUCCUUCUGGAAACCACACCUCUUGAUCAACGGUGACCCUGGUCUUUUUGUCGUUGCACUGAUGGAAGCUAUUGGAGACGACUUCACAUGCGCUGAGGAGUGGCUCGAGGAACUAAGGCAACGAGAUGAGGAGGUGAACACGGAAAAUCGGAAGAAAGCAGAAGUGGUACCAAAAGAGCAUCUGAACCCACUAAGCGUACUCUACCAAACUGAAGAAGCAUUGGAUGAUAAUUCCAUCUUGGUGGCUGAUGGAGGUGACUUUGUCGGUAGUGCUGCGUACAUCCUGCACCCCAGAGGUCCUCUCAAGUGGCUCGACCCUGGUGCAUUCGGUACUCUUGGUGUUGGAGGAGGUUUUGCUUUAGGGGCAAAGUUAUGCAACCCCGAUGACGAUGUUUGGAUUAUCUAUGGUGACGGUUCUCUUGGUUACAGCGUGGCCGAGUUUGACACUUUUGCUCGGAACAAGAUUCCCGUGAUUGCUCUUGUUGGAAAUGAUGCGUGCUGGACGCAAAUCAAACGAGAACAGGUGCCUAUGUUUGGUAGUGAUGUGGCGUGUAACCUUAGUUACUGCGAUUACGAUGUGGUUGCCAACGGUUUUGGAGGAGUUGGGUUCAAACUAACAGCUGACUCAACAGCUGAAGAAAUAAAAGACACUCUAAAGAAAGCCAAGGAGAUAUCUCGAGGAGGAGUACCAGUUCUCAUCAACGUUCUGAUUGGAAAGAGUGACUUUAGAGAUGGUUCUAUUUCAGUCUGAACUUUACCAUGCACAGGUGGACUUGCUAGCUGUAGUUAGGAGUUAAUAUUUAUGAGAGUGACACUAUUUAUAUACACUAGCUCUGAAGGUCAUUAUAUAUAGCCUCUUUAUACAUUUCUUAGCCCCAUUAUGUACCCUUUAUGUGUGUGUUUCUUUUUUGCUCAAACAUUUACUAUUGCUGCUUCAAACAACAUUAAUAUGUACACGAACUAUUAAUUACUGUUGAUGUUCUCAUGUGA